UCAACAUACAGGUGAAAGAAAGUUUAUCUGGCCGGUCAAGACCCAGAAAGCGGACGCAGCUCGGCGGUAAACAAUCCCGUUUUAUUCGCAGCGUAAACGUGAAUGUAGCUCGUUGAAAACGGCGCAAAGGAGAGCCGUUGAGUCAACUUCGAAGAGAUUUAAAUGGCGAACGCAAGGAAUCGACCUUCUGCAAAACCAUCUUUCCAAUCUUCUCCUGUAUUUGAGGGUGUUUACAACAAUGCUAGAAUGCUUCAUUUCCUCACAGCCGUUGUGGGUUCCACUUGUGAUAUACGAGUGAAGAACGGGAGUAUGUUCGAAGGCAUUUUCAAGACGCUGAGUUCUCGGUGCGAGUUGGCUGUGGACGCUGUGCACAAACGCAGCGAGGAGAGCUCAACAUCGACUCCGCCGCGGCGGGAAGACAUCACCGACACCAUGAUCUUCAGCCCUUCAGACUUGGUUACUAUGAUAUGCAAAGACGUAGACCUCAACUAUGCCACCAGAGAUACCUUCACCGACACCGCCAUCAGCGCCACUCGCGUCAACGGAGAACACAAAGAGAAGGUGUUGCAGAGAUGGGAGGGAGGAGACAGCAACGGGGAGAGUUAUAAUCUGGACGCCGAUGCAUCCAACGGCUGGGAUGCCAACGAGAUGUUCCGUUACAAUGAAGUGAAAUACGGAGUCACGUCAACGUAUGAUUCCAGCCUAUCUAUGUAUACUGUGCCACUAGAGCGAGGCAACUCCGAAGUAUACCGACAGAGGGAGGCCCGCGCCGCUCGCCUGGCCAGUGAGAUUGAGUCCAGCCCCCAGUAUCGACAUCGAGUAGGCCUGGAGAACGACGAGGGUAAAAGCGAAGAAGACAAGUACAGCGCUGUGGUGCGCGAUGGUGCCGAUCGCGACCGGGGUCACGAGAGUCCCCGUGAACGGGAAAGGGGCCGAGACAGCCCUGGAGCAAGGGAUGGCAAGUACAUCCCAUUACCUCAGCGGCAAAGAGAGAUGAACCGGGACCGAGCCGAGAGAGGUCCCGGCGGUCCUCCGCCUCACAGUCGUCUUAGUGGCGGUUACCGCUCCACCCCUCCGUCAUCUUCCUCGUCUCCCAGACCGCCGCUCCCCCCCGCGGGCGGCCCCCAAUCUGGCGUCUCUCCCUCGGAGCGAAGCAGCCCCCUGUCUGGCCGCAGCGGGGCAUACGCCGCCCACCACCCCCAGGGAAGCCCCAGUCCAGGCCCCAGCUCCGGUCCCAGCAGUCCGUACACGCCUGCUUCUCCGGGAGCGGCACCGACCUCUGGUGCGUCCCUCUCGACUGCCCCUUCGCCAACGAGCCCUCCCGGCCCCCAUGGACACUUAGUGCCACAUUCCCACUCCCUACCGCACUCCCUGUCAGAGGCUGCUCGACCUGUCAAUGGAGUCGCCACCAGGACGUCUCCCAAAGCUCAAAGACCUCCACAGUCAAGCAGAACAGUCCGCACUCCAAGCACGCAUGCUCAGUCCUCUGCCACUCGCUCGCCAAAAUCAGGCUCUUCCCAGGACACGCCCUAUUUGGACACGUCGUCCAUCUCCUUGCCGGUGCAGAAGACGUCAGGCCCCGCCCCUCUCUUCCCUGUGGAUGUGAAUGAGAUCCUCGGCGCCGCUGCAAAGGAACGCUCCGCGGAGAGCCCCGGCAGCACGGAGGAAAGCAAAAGCAGCAAAGCUCCUUCAGUUCAACAAAGGUCACAAAUUGAGGAGCUACGGAAGUUUGGCAAGGAAUUUAGGCUCCAGCCAAGUGGAAGCAGCUCAAGCUCUCCGAGCUCUCCCGCAGCAGCGACUCCUCCCGUGGUAGGCGAUGUCGCGCAGGCCAGCGCAGCCAAACCGUCGCCGUCAGACACUCACGCGGCUUCCGAACCGAAGCCGCAGCCCCCUGUGCCCAGCUCCUCCCACCCUCACCCUUUGCCCCUCCUGUCCGAUGAACCCUCCAACGAGCCCGGCGUGCCAGGUGCCCCCAGUUCUGUUGCCGCGGGCGCCGUUCCAGACAGGCAUUCACCGGCUGCCCCUCAGCCGGCCAGGACCCCAGGAAGUGAUGAGGGCACGCCUGAGCGCACAGAGGGUGUGGCAGAUCAAGUAAAGAAAUCCACGUUAAACCCCAACGCUAAAGAAUUCAACCCAAUCAAAGCUCAGAUGCCGAUGACAAAGCCCAACACGGCGCCCACCCCACCCCGACCUACUCCACCGAGCCCCGUGGUCAUUCAGCACCCAGGGGGACAGGGUCCGCUCUACAACGCCCCCUACCUGUCCUACGUGUCACAGAUUCAUUCUGUACAGGCUCCUCAAAUGUACCAGUACACUAUGUCUGCGGUCAGCCAGGGAAAAUACCCCAGGGCCAAAGGCUCUGUGGUGGCGCCGCGUUCAGACCACGGCACGUCAGCGCCCCCCAUGUUGCAAGCAGCGGCAUCAGCUGCCGGCGCCCCCUUGGUCGCCUCCCCUUACCCUCAGUCCUACCUUCAAUACAACCCGCAGCAGUAUGGCCAACAGCAGGUCAUCCAGGCUAUGUCACCCUACCCUGGACAGCCCAUGUACUCCAUGCUGCAAGGAGGAGCUAGGAUGAUAGGGCAAGGGGGAGGUCCCCACCCGCAAGCCCUUGGACCUCCAGGUGGCCCACAGUUUCAGACACAAGGGGAUGGGCCACAGGGACCUCAGCAGGGCAUCUAUGCUCCACAAUCCUUCCCCCACCACUCAGGGGCAGUGCAUCAGCCACAACCAUCCAGUACCCCUACAGGCAACCAGCCCCCACCCCAGCAUGCUGCACCCAGCCCCGGACAGAAUGCCCAGUCGGGCCCGCAGCCCCAGUCCUUGUACCACUCAGGUCCACUGUCGGCGCCAACCCCACCCAACAUGCCACCUGGCCACACGUCCCCACAAGGCUCCUACCCCAUUCAGGGCUACAGCAUCCACAGCCACCAGGGCAUCCCACCCACGUACCCUCUGGGCCAGUUGGCGCAGGCCCAUGUACAAGGAGCCAUGUCCGGUCCCCACCACUCGGGGAGCCACGGUCAGCCCCAGUUACUGAUGUUGCAGCCUCCCCCACAGCAGGGGCCCGGCUCGGUCCCCCCGCACCCGCAGCACGGGCCGCAGCAAGGAACACACCAACACUUCUACAUCGGACAUCCGCAAGCAAUGCAGGUUCAGACACACCCGGCCUCCUUCCAUCCACCUGGAAACUAAACCUCCGCAGCCCACCGCUCCUGAAACGUUCCCAGGAAUUGAGCGCCGACAUCCCCGCGGUCCGCUGGACGACGAGCUGACGAGACGUCCAAAAACAAGACUGACAGCAAAGUGCAGCAACCGGGGAAGGACAAAGUCUGACAGCACCUUCUUCUAAUCCUUCUUCUUCUGUUGUUGUUGUUCAUUGGCCCCAGAAGAGAAGGAACUUUUUUUUUUUUUUAAAAGAUACAAAUGGAUGAGGUUGGAAAGAGGACAACAAAGACCGCGGCGCCAGGAGCGUCUUAACAUCUGCUCAAAUCCUUGCGCUCCUCUUCAACUUCUUCCUUUUGUUCGGAGGCAGGAGGCCCCUCGCCCGCUUGGACCAGUCGGAGGACAAUUGGUUUGAUCUUCCAGCCAAAAAAAAAAAAGUUAUUUGGCCUUGUCUGGUGUGUUUGCUUCUUGACAAACGCGCACACACAUGGGAUGAAUACUGCACGACAAGGAGGCAUUUGAAGAGGCCGGGGGAUUUUUAAACAAAUCAGUUCUUUUAACUCGCCCCGAUAGUUUAAAAAAAAAAAAAAAAUCACCCUCUGACCGUUCUUCUCUUCUUUAGGAAAAUAAAGUAAUAAAAAAAUGGACAAGUAAAAAAAAAAAACAAAAAACAUAACGACCAAAAAAUAAAGUUUUCAACUUAACUACAACA